AGGAAGGAACGUGAUACCCGCGCCCCACCCCGCAGUGUGAUAGCACGAUAGGGACACUCACGCCUCGCCUGCCCCCGUCGCGAGCUCCACCCGCUUCGCUUCCCUGACACGCAGGCCUCGCAAGCGACCGCCCUACUGGAGCCCACUCGCCAGGGAAGGCCGCUGAAAAUACGGGGGAAGAAACACGAAAAAGGCAAGGAAUUAGAACGGGCGAAGCGGCACACAAUUCGCGCAGCAGCGUAGAAACUAGAAAGACCAGUCCCCAAACUCCCCAGCGGGGGCGAGUAGAGGAGGAAGAGUCGCCGCCGCCGCCGCCGCCGCCGCCGCCGCCGCCAUGUCUGGGGGAAUCGCCCGCGGCCGCCUCGCCGAGGAGCGCAAGGCCUGGCGCAAGAACCACCCGCACGGUUUCGUCGCGAAGCCGGAGUCGCUGCCCGACGGGACGGUGAACCUGAUGAUCUGGCAGUGCACCAUCCCCGGCAAGCAAGGGACUGACUGGGAAGGUGGAUAUUUCCCUCUCACCCUUCAUUUUAGUGAGGAUUACCCUAGCAAGCCUCCCAAGUGCAAGUUCCCUCAGGGUUUCUUCCACCCAAAUGUGUAUCCUUCUGGAACAGUCUGCCUUUCGAUUCUUAAUGAGGACAGUGGUUGGAGACCAGCUAUUACUGUUAAGCAGAUUCUCGUCGGGAUCCAGGACUUGCUAGAUCAGCCAAAUCCUGCUGACCCUGCUCAAACAGACGGAUAUCACCUUUUUAUCCAGGAUCCCACAGAAUACAAGAGGCGCGUUAGACUGCAGGCGAAGCAGUAUCCUGCAUUGGUCUGAGAGCUUCGCCCUACUAGGGGGAUCCAUGCUGCACAUCCGCAUAGUUGUUGCUAGUGUCUUGAAUGAAAGACCAAAUGUAACAUGGUGCUUGGAGAAGUAACUAUCGCCAUUGUGGACUGUGUGUCUUUUAACAGCCUUAUUAACUGUUUGGAGUGUGUGUUUUGCGGGAUGAUGUCAAAACCUUGCUGUGUCUUGUUAUCAAGAAUUGCUGUGUGUUGUCUGACAAAUCUAAAUAUGGGAAGAAACGCCCAUGACGUUUCAGCUGAGGGCACUCCUGGUUCUGUACUUUGACAGAUAUGAAGGGAAGGUAGCCUGUGGUUUUUGAUUCAA